AUGAGUGCAGUGCUAGUAAUAGCUACAGAUAAUGUUCAAAGUGAAGUUAAUGGUACAUCAACUAAGAAAUUAGUAAUCGAUACAUUAUGUACAACAGCUAGUACAGUAACAUUUGAUACAGAAGAACAUGAUAAAUAUGUUGCCGAAAAUACAAUUGAACAAUAUUUUGAUUUCAAUGAUUUUUCAUCAUCAACUUCAUUUGCUAGUUUUCUUAAAACAUGUAUUGAAGCUGAAUUAAUAUUAUUUAUUCGAGAUGAAAAUAAAGAACAAACAGAUGGAUUUAUUCGUCAUUAUGAUCUUACUUCUAUUCAUAAUAUUAAUCUUAAUGAUACAUAUUUACAAGAACAACUCGAUAUAGUCUUAAUAAAAACAUUAGACAAUCAUAAGUCAUCGUUAAAUACAGAUUUAAAUUAUGUUCCAAUUUUUUUUCAUAGUGAUAGUUUAUUAACAUCUUCUUCAAAAUUGGCUAUUACAACUACAAAUAUUGUUGAUGAAUCAAAUAAACUCAAAGUAUCUUAUUGUUAUCCAACAAGAGAAUGGCGUUGUUUAUAUCGAUGUGAAAUUGAUUCAAUAGUUGAUCUAACUUUAUUUGGUUCAGUUAAUAAUCCAACAGAUGAAGAUUGA